AGGCGGGCCGCUCCUGGAAAGGGCGCAACUUGGGAGCUCCCGGGUGCUGGCCCUGAGGAGCGGGGUCUCUCUCCGCCGUCGCCCGUGGGAGGCAGGCAGGCAGGGCGCAUGCUCGGCGCGCUCCUCUUUAGAGCCCCCUUCCCAGCAGGGCCCAGCCCCCUUGCACGUGCUUUCCUCGCCCGGGAGGCGGAGGAGGCGACCCGUGGAGCGAGCAAAGCCCUUCAGCGGCAGCAUCGCCCGGGCGCCUCGCCGCCUCCCCCUCCUCCCCAAGCACCGGCUGCCGCUGCUGCCGCUGCCAUGUCGCUGGAGACGGAUCCCUCCCGCCGGCGGAGACACACACAGGACACCCUCGAUUUUCCCAGGGAACUGGAGCACAAGUCCGACCCACACAGGAGAGCAUCUUGCUGUGACAGGCACUGUGCUGCCAUUAACAAUGUCCAUGGCGACCUGGGGGACUUGCAUUCAGAGUCCCAUCAGCAUGGCAUCAUCACUCCUAGGAUAGUUCCAGUGCUUUCAAACCCCUCCUGCUGCUGCCAUCCCUCCGAGGAAGUUCAGCCCUGUGACGGCUGCCUGAAAACCACCCUCACUGCUGAGAACGAGGUGGAAGCCCAUAAGCUUUCCAAUAACUACAAGUUUGGCUUUAAGAAAUGGAAGAGUCAUGUGACAGCCAGGCCGUGGGAAGACCGCUCCGAAAUUGUGAAGGAGCUCUACUCGGACUUGAACAUCAUCAAAAGGUCUUCAGGUUCUAUGGUGACAUGUGGGAACCUCUUCUAUGUGCUGUCCUUUGGCUGGUGGCUCGCCUUGCUUUACGUCCUGGUCUCCAUCGUGAUGUUCCUGACGGUGGUGGGAGCCCCAUAUGGAAAGCUGUGUUGGAAGCUUGCUGGAUACUUCCUUUGGCCUUUUGGAAAAGUGAUUCAGAAGACCAAAACGUACGCUCAGCAUUGCAACAUGAAGUUCAACAAAUAUGAGGUCAUUGCGGAAGUGAACGAGGUGAAGGAGACCUCUCCGCUUCUUCCCUGGCAGGAAACAGCCAGUCACCACUGUGAUUCUCGCUGGCGGCGCCUCGACACCUACGCCUGGCUGCUGCUCGGAUUCCCGCUCCUCUCUCUCGCCCACAGCCUGGUGUGCUUUGUCACCUGGCUCCUCGUCUUCACCAUCCCCAUUGCCAAGAUGAAUGCCCGCACAGUCACCAAGGUCCUGCUCCUGCCCCCGGAGCGUGUCCAUGUGCAGCGCCUCCGGAAGACGGAGGUUCCCCUGGAUGCCGAAGUGGUCCUCUGCUGCUACCGUGCUGUGAAUGCUUAUUAUUACAAAUACGCCGUGGAUGGGAUCAAUGUCUUUGCUGUCAACCUGCUUCCUCUGGUCAUUGUGACUCUCGUCCUGGGCUAUUCGGAUAAACACAACCACUACACCAGCUCCAUGAGCAAGUUCACAUUAGCUCUCCUCUCCAUCAUGCCUCUGUCCUACUACAUCGGCAUGGCUAUUGCCAGCAUCUCAGCACAGAGUAACUUUGCAGUGGGGGCUGUGGUGAACGCCACGUUCGGCUCCAUCAUAGAGCUGACCUUCUACAUCACUGCGCUGAUCAAAGGGGCCCGCGAGAAGAACAGAUGCUAUGAGGAAAUCGUCAAGUCUGCUUUGACGGGGACGCUUUUGGGCUGUGUCCUUUUUGUCCCAGGGUUGUGCAUGGUGAUUGGAGGCUGCAGGCACCAAGAGCAGCGAUUCAACAGCCGGUCAGCUGGGGUCAGCUCUGCCCUUCUCUUCUUGUCUGUGGGAGGUGUCUUUGCUCCAACCCUCUUCUCCAAAGUCUAUGGGAGGCUGGUCUGCGGGGAAUGUCAGAACCUCACCCAGGAAGCAUCUGGGCACUACGUCUGCCAGGGCUGCCACUUUGACUUGAUGGAAAACAACGGUACCCUCUACUACAGUCAUGUUCAGCCCCUAGUGUACACAGUGUCACUCCUGCUUCCAAUAGGCUAUUUCAUUGGCCUCUUAUUCACCCUGAAGACUCACUCGCACAUCUACGAUAUUCACAUCAGCGACUGCCACACGCCUGGCCACCAUCACAGUGCUGUGGUCCACUGGUCCCGCUGGAGGGCCCUGCUCAUCCUGCUGGUAGCCACCCUCUGCAUGUCUGCCUGUGCUGACCUGGCCACUGAACACAUCAGCCCCAUCCUGAGGGGCUCCACGGUGUCUCAGUACUUCAUCGGCGUGACCGUGCUGGCCAUGGCGCCAGAGCUCCCCGAGAUAGUCAACGGGAUCCAGUUUGCCCUGCAGAACAACCUCAGCUUGAGCAUCGAGAUCGGGAGCUGCAUUGCCGUCCAGGUCUGCAUGUUACAGAUCCCCAUCGUGGUGCUGUUCACAGUGUUCUAUCCUACAGACUUCAUCUUGGUCUUCAGUGACCUCCAUGUCUAUGCCAGCAUGUUCAGCGUGGUCCUCAUGAACUAUAUCUUUAUGGACGGCAAGUGUGACUACUUCCAAGGCACUGUGCUGGUGAUGGUUUAUUUCAUCCUCCUUGCCGUCUACUACUUUGCUCCAUCUCCUGCUGGCUGCUAAGCAUCGGCUGAGUCUUCCUGAUGCUCUGGAAGCCGGCUGCUCCCCACAAUUAGCAGCUCCUUCCCAGAAGGGUCUUCUCUCAGGGAAGAAGUUGGAGCCCGGCUCUCCACCGAGCAAACCAGGAGACCACACACUCUGUGGAGCAAAAGGACCCACCGAGACUCUCUUCCACCCCCACCUUUUUAAACCUUUGUCUUCCAAACACUUCAGUGUAUUAAAUGAAGCAGGAGUCAGAAAGCUUGUUGCAGCCAGCUCCUGUGGACCCGAGAAGGUAUCGUACCGUCAGGAAAUGACGACUUCCUGUGGCUCAGAGACAUUCCCAGGGGCCCGAGCUUCCUGGGGUUGAUUUUAAGACUGGGGCUCUGACUUGUGUUCACAACAGCUACCUCCUGUUCCUGUGUCACUGCUGACAGGAGCAUCUCAAAGUAAAAUGGUGACUGUUCUUCAAGCUCAGAGCAUAAUAAAGGAUCGCUAAUCAGUGUCCCCCCCCCCCACAGUUUGCUAUUAAAAACCUGUUUGUACAAAUCCCA